AUGAGUUCUUCCUCUUCCACAAACCCUCAACCAACUUCUCAAGACGCAACUAUGGCUCCCCGACGUCUUGCAGACUAUAUCGAGCGCAUCAAUGAGACUGACCAGACUUCAUCGCAGACUACCGCUCGCCCCUUCAACAACAACACGGCAACACAGCAUCCUCUUAUUCGAGGUCGAGUCAACCGCAUCCUCCUCUUCCCUGGCUCUUUCAACCCACCUCACCAAGGUCACCUUAAUCUCCUUAAGCAUGUCUUCUAUAAUGCAGGACAAGAUCUCAACAUCAUUGCAGCUAUCAUCAUCAACACUGAUGAUGAGAGACUGAAGAUGAAGAUGGAUAAGAGGGAGACCGGUAUCGUCCUUUCUCGUGAGCAGCGAGCUGACCUCUGGCGUGGCGACGGCAUCCCUGUCGACUGGGCAUGGGUCUACGACAACUCUGAAGCCAGCUGGGCGGGGUUCAGAACCAAGCUUGUCAAUGAGUUGAAGAGGGAUGGUAUAGACCUCAAGUUCGUUCUUCUAUUUGGUCCAGAUGCCAUUACUGCAGCGGGCGGGUAUAACCCUGUGUGUUGGGACUGCGGCGAUGCUAUCACCAGUGACAUCUCUCGCCCCGUCGACUUCCGCUAUCCCAACACUCUCCGACAACUUGCGGGCUGCACGCCCUGGGUAAAUCUCCAGGAUGGCCGAGCUCGGUUUGACAACAAAAUCUCGAUCUGUCGCCAGAACCGGGUCCGACCCAGGGGCACUGUCCGAUUCAUACCAUGUGAUUUGGAUCGACGGCCUGAAGAUGCGCCUAGCUCCACUAAGAUUCGAGAAAUCAUUGAGAACUUGCCCCAGGAAGAAUGGGAGGAGAAGUUGAAUGGUGUCGCACUCCACCCGAAGACUUUGGUUAAGUACCUUAAGGAGCUUCCUCUGCCCACAAAGCCUACCGAGUCAAAGGAGGACCUUGCGAAGAAGCAGUGGGAGAGCAUUAUUUGGUAA